GCGGACGUUUCCGGGGUCCACAUCACCCUCUACGCUCCCUUGCUGGUCCCGGGCGUGUCCGCGCCUGGAAGGGACAUGCCGGGGACCAGCAAGGGAGCGUAGAGGGUGAUGUGGGGGUUGAUUCCUCAGAACGUGGGGGGCGAUUCUCUAGUCGUUCGACGAGCGCCAGCCCCUUAACUUCGGGCCGUAGCGGGGCUCUCACACUCGAACUGGGAGCCUGGCCGACUCCCGAGUCCUGCCGCCCGCAGCAGGAAGAGUUAACCGGGUUAAGCCGGAGCAGGGCAGGAGGGGUGGGAGCGAGGAGCUGCGGGGCCGGGGCGCGGCACGGUGGGGCGUGGGGGCGGGGCAGCCUCGGACAGCCCGGCAGGGCCUCGCCCUGGAGCCAUGGCCGCCGGCCCCGCGCCCCUAGGCGGGCGCCUCCGAACGCAGAUGUCCCAUCUAAGCAAGAUGGAGCGUGUGGUUGUGAGCAUGCAAGACCCCGACCAGGGUGUGAAGAUGCGGAGCCAGCGUCUGCUUAUCACCGUUGUCCCCCACGCAGUGACCGGCGGCGACGUCGUGGAGUGGCUGAUCCACAAGUUCUGCAUCUCGGAGCAGGAGGCCCUGCACCUGGGCACCCUCCUGGUACAGCAUGGCUACAUAUACCCACUGCGAGACCCCCGCAACCUGGUGCUCCGACCGGAUGAGACAUCUUACAGGUUCCAGACACCAUACUUCUGGACAAGCAUCCUGUGGCCGGCCUCUGAGUUGGACUAUGCCAUCUACCUGACCAAGAAGAACAUCCGGAAACAGGGCGCCCUCGUCGACCAUGAGAAGGAGCACUAUCACCAGCUACACAAGAAGAUCAACCAUGCAUGGGACUUGGUGGUGAUGCAGGCUAGGGAGCAGCUGCGGGCAGCUAAGCAGCGCAGGAAAGGGGACAGGCUGGUCAUUGCCUGCCAGGAACAGACUUUCUGGCUGGUUAACAGGCCCCCGCCUGGGGCUCCCAAUGUGCUGGAGCAGGGUCCGGAGCGGGGCUCCUGCACCACCGGCUACAUGCAGAUGACCAAGAGCUUGGAUUUCUAUAAGCUGGAGAUUGAGCGCUGCAGAAAGGCGCUUGGCAGGACCCGGGUGAAGUCCUCUGUUUGCCUUGAGGUGUACCUGAAGUUCAGCGCCCAGCACAGACUGCAUGACCCCAUCCUGUCGGGGUGCCUGCCCAGCAACCCCUGGAUCACAGAUGAUGCUGCCUAUUGGGCCAUGAACGCACCCACAGUGGCUGCACCCACAAGGCUCCGCAUAGAGCGCUGGGCCUUCAGCUUUCGGGAGCUCCUGGAAGACCCUGUAGGGCGGGCCCAUUUCAUGCACUUUCUCAGGAAGGAGUUUAGUGCCGAAAACCUCAGCUUCUGGGAAGCAUGUGAAGAGGUUCGCCAUGGAGAGCAGGCACAGAUCCCUGCCCUGGUGGACACUGUGUACCAGCAAUUCCUGGCCCCUGGUGCUGCCCGCUGGGUCAACAUUGACAGCCGAACGAUGGAGCAGACCCUGGAAGGGCUGCACCAGCCCCAUCGCCAUGUCCUGGAUGAUGCCCAGCUGCACAUAUACAUGCUUAUGAAGAAGGAUUCCUACCCAAGAUUCCUGAAGUCUGACAUGUACAAGGGCCUACUGGAGGAGGCAGAGAUCCCACUGGAGACAAAGAGACGGGUGUUCCCAUUUGCACGGCAGCCACGGCACUCAAGCCCCAGCCCUGCUCCACUUCCCACCUCUGGGGAGCCCAUGGUGGUUGGCAGCCCGAGGGGUGAUGGGGAGGCCUAGGUGGACCUGGCUAACACUUGUGUAUAUGUGUUACCUCCUCCUACUUCCUAUUUCCUCCUGCCUCACACCCUGCCGAUUGCACAGUCACAUUCUUCUUGGCUCAAAGUCCUGGUGGCUGCUGCACCCCCAGUACUGGUGUCCCCAGUGCCAGCUAUGCUUUAGGGUACACAAGCCUUUCUCCCUGGCUUCCUUCUUUUCCUUUGGGCAAGUCCUUUUCUGCCAGGGAGACUGGUCCAAUGCUGAUUCCCAGGGAGGGGGAUGCUUGGUCAAGCUUGGGUCAGGGCAGGCUCCGUUAUCUGAAGAAAGGUGAGACCAAGGCCACACGGAGCUCCUGGCAUGCUAUGGUCUUCAAUUGGCACUGGGUGCCCAUCCCCAUCAACUAUCACAUCAGCUGAUGAAUCCCUGCAAGCUAGAGGCACAGACAGGUGGCUUCCACAGGUGGCAUGCACCAUGUGAUGAGGGAACUGCUGGUCUCAGGGCAAACUCCGCCCUGUCCAGGAGCAAUACUGUCCAGGGUGAGGCCCUAGUGGGGACUCUAGAGGGCCCCUUCAGUUCUAUGGAGGCCAUGUUCACUGACUUCUAGGGCUGUGCUUGCAUCACCCUUGCCUGGACUGGCACCAAACAUAUUCCAGAACUUGCCCACAGGCACAUUGCCAUCUAGUUUUCCAGCCUGAGGCUGUGGCUUCUCCACCAGAUUGGUACUGAUGACUCUGCCAUCAUCAUGCCAGUGCACUAAGGCCCUCUUCCCAUUAAGGCAGACCCCUGCCAAGACUUUCUCUGUGUGUCACAUUACUCCCUUCCCCCAAGUGCCCGGCUGUUCCCCUGGGCUGGGAAGAAGUACAGGUUGGCUCCUUUGGGGAUGCAGCUCUCACUGGUUCAGCUAGGGUGGCAUUCCUCCCCAGCAGGGCUUGUUCAUAUAUGAACCUCCCACCUCCUUACCACAAAAAUAAAAGACUCUUGGGCCUUCACUGUGAGCCCAUCUUGUGGGUGCAGCU